GACACAGAAGACCAGGCAUGCUAGAGAUACAGUUCUCAAGCGAACUAAAAGAAGGUGGGGGCCUAUUCCAUCUGUUAUGAUAGAGAACUCACUGGGACCUUUUCCACUACAAAUACAGCAGGUCCAGUCGGACACAGCUCAGAACUACACCAUUUACUAUUCUGCAAGUGGACCAGGAAUUGAUCAAGAUCCAAAGGGUUUGUUUUACAUAGAAAGAGAAACUGGGAAUAUCUUUGCUACCCGUGCAGUAGACCGUGAACAAUAUCCGAGCUUUCAGAUCAUUUGCUUCGCAACCACUCCAGAUGGUUAUUCACCAGAGGUACCACUUGUGCAUACAAUCAGGAUAGAGGAUGAUAAUGACAAUGCUCCAUAUUUUACACAGGACCUUUUUGAGUUUUCUGUCCCUGAAAAUUCCAAACCUGGUGUCAUUGUUGGAAAGGUGACUGCGGAGGACAGAGAUGAGCCUUAUACUCUGCAUACUACGUUGAAAUACCGCAUUGUGUCACAAAAUCCACCAGUAACUCCAGCAUUUUCUUUACAUAGUGACACAGGUGUCAUUGCUGUAUUAUUGCCACAGCUGGACAGAGAGCUGGUACCCAGUUACACUUUGUUAGUUGAAGUGAGAGAUAUGGCAGGCCAGCCUUUUGGUUUGUGUACUACAGGAACUGCUGUCAUUAGAAUUGAAGAUAUGAAUGACAAUGCACCAUGCUUUAAACAAAUGCAAUAUGAAACACGAGUGGAGGAAAACAGAGUGAACGUAGAAAUACUGAGAGUCUCUGUUGUUGAUCUUGAUGAACCUGGCUCGCCUGGCUCAGGAGCAGUGUAUGAAAUUAUAAAGGGAAAUGAUGAUCAGUCCUUUGAAAUUACAACAGACAAAAAUACAAAUGAAGGAAUACUGUGUGUUGUUAAGGGACUGGACUAUGAAAAUGCCAAGCAAAGGAUCCUUGUGAUCGCAGUCAACAAUGAGGCACCCUACAUGCUGGCACCACAUUCACAACAGCUUUCCCAGAGCACCAGCUCUGUUACAGUGCAUGUCCUGGAUGUAGAUGAGGGGCCGGUGUUUAAACCCUGUCUGUUACGCAUAGAUGUUAAAGAAUGUGAGGACAUUGGAACAGCUAUUGGGAGAUACGUAGCAGAAGAUCCAGAAACUGGAAAUAGUGAAGGCAUAAGCUACCGGAUAGCACCUGGACAAUGUAAUUGGAUCAACAUAGAUGAAAAAUCGGGUGAAGUCAGAACUGUUAAAGUCUUGGACCGAGAUGUAGGAGAUAUGAGAAGAGGUCAAUGCAAUAUCACAGUCCUUGCAGUAGACAGAAAUGGCAAAACAGGCACUGGGACAAUUCAGGUUUUCAUCGUGCCUGGGAACAAGAAUUACCCACGAAUCACCAAAACUGAGUAUAUCAUGUGCAGAGACAGAAAACCGAUCUGCCUUACUGCACAGGAUGGUGAUGAGUCUCCUUACAGCACACCCUUCGUCUAUCGCAUAACUGACCGUAGCUUGGCUUCCAUGUGGAAGAUAACUCGACACAAUGAUAAUUCUGUAUAUCUUUCACCAAAGGGUGAUAUUCCAUUUGGUACAUAUGAUAUUCCUAUAAGUGUGAUUGAUAAUGGAGGAAAGGUAGGAGAGAACCACAUAAAAGUCAACCUCUGUGAUUGUGUUACUCCAACCGAAUGCAAUGGUGGCCAAAGCCGUGAACUUUCUGGUGGAAAUGUUACUCUUGGCGUGUGGGCCAUCCUUGCAAUGAUCUUAGGGUCACUGUUAUUGCUGCUAAUCCUGAUCACAAUUUGUGGCUGCUGUGGUUCUGGAGUAAUGCACAGGCAUGUGACUGAUGAUUGUGCCAAUCAUAAUUUAAUCAUUUCAAAUACAGAAGCUCCAGGAGAAGAAGUGAUGGAUCACAAUAUAAUUCCUCUACAGAAUACAUGUGAUCAAGGAGGAUAUGGAAUAAAAACAGGAGAUCAACAAACAUUUGAAAUGACUAAAGGAAGAGGGCAUACCUUGGAAUCAGUCAAAGGAGGUGGACAUCAGACUCUGGGAUCAGUUAAAGAAGGAGGAGGACAGACUAUGAUGGAUACAUGUAGAUACUCCUACUCAGAAUGGCAUAAUUUCACACAUCCUCGUUUAGGUGAAAAGGUGCACCUAUGCAGACAGGAUGAAGAACAGAAGCACUCUGAAGAUUAUCUCCUUUCAUAUAACUAUGAAGGAAAAGGAUCCUUGGCUGGCUCUGUAGGCUGCUGCAGUGAUCAGCAUGAAGAAGAGGCACUUGACUUCUUAGAUCAGCUGGAACCCAAGUUUAGGACAUUAGCAGAAACAUGUGUAAAAAGAUAAAUGUGCCUUUCACAGUGGUGAAAAAAACCCUGUAAAUAAGUGGCUGUCGUACUUCUGUGGUACUAGGUAUUUUGGAAAUGGGGGGGGGGGAGAGGUUUAUCAAAUUAGUAUAGACUGGUGAGAAUGUAACUAACUUAACUUUAAUUUUCAACUUUUUUUUUUUUAAUCUCUGCUAGACACACUCCAUCAAAAAUAAGGGAUUAAAAAUAUUUUUUCUUUGGACUAUGUUGAUAUAAUAAUGAUAGUUUCUACUUAGAUUCCAUUUCUUACUCUUUGUGAUUGCUUUAAAGUACAAAAUUUGGUGUUGUCCUUUCAAUUAAUUACUCAGCUUCAAGAUUUUAUUACAUUUGGGUUUGGAGAAGGAAAGCUUUUUAGCUUACUGUUUCUUUGUUUUAAUUCUGUAGAAAUAAACCAAAAAACAUUACUGGUGGAUCUCAAAUACCUUGUUAGUUUUUUAAUUUAUAUGAACUGAGAUGCAAAACACUUUUUCAUUUUUCACUUAAAAUACUGAUGAAUACAUUAGAAAUCUUUAUAUUUUGAUUGAAAAUUAAAUAUAUAUAUAUUGUAUAUAUGUAAAAUAAUAUUAAAAAAUAUUUUUUUCUCCUAAUGGGUUACCACCCAUCAAACUUGCUAUCCUAAGGGAUUUAUGGCAUCCACACAUAGGGUAUCAGCAUCGUAUGCGAGUAUGUAUUUUUCUUUUAAGGAAAUAAAAAAAAAUCAGGAAAUAGGGGUAACUGUUGUACUUCAAAUGAAUGCAAGACAAAUCUCAUGUUUACUUGACAUAAGAUUGUACCUCAGCUUCUUGAGAUUUUUAACAUAGGAUCAUUACAGAAAUGAUGAAAAUUGCCAAGAGUUUUGUCCAGUGUAGCUACCUCUACCUUUUAUACUUGCCUUAUUACAGACUUCAUUAAAUUGUUUCUUUCUGUAAGUAGAACUUGACAGAAGAUAGAGCUCAAGUGACCUGAGCAUACACUGCAUUAAUAAUGUAUUUUACAGAUAGCUUUAUUUGAGAUUCAAAAUUACACUUGGAUAAACUGUUUUGAGUAUAUUAUGUGGUGGUUGUGGAGGUGAGCAUUUGUACAGAUCUCUGGCAGAAAUCAUCUGAAUCCCAUUUGUUAUUUUACUAGAUUAAGCAUACAUAUACAUUAUAUAUAUAUCCAAAAGCCUGAGAUAGCUUUGGCAGAUGAUAGUAGUAGGACCUGAAUGCUACCUUAAGCGUUUCUGGAAUUCAGCCUCUGCUUCCCAGGUUUUAUAUGUUUUUAAUAUUUGUACUCCUAGUUAAGUAAUCUGUCCUCUGCACUCCAGGAAUUUUCUUCUGCCUUAAAAGAACAUCUUUCUGACUAUAAAAAACUUGUGCAAUUACUUUUUUCUGUUCCUAUAAUUCUGCUUUUAGGAUUUGCUCUGUAAACAAAAGCCUUAGGGAGAUACUUUUAAUUAAUUUUCCUAUAGUUAAUGAUCUGUAAAAGAAAUUAUUACUAACAACAAAUAGUCAUGCUGCUCUAAAUUUCAGUUGCUGUUGACUUCCAGUGGUUGCAGUUUAUUCAGCACAAAUUAUGGUGAGUGGAAAUCUGUAACAGUAUAAAAAUUUAACCAAAGUUGUAAAAUAGUACUUUAAAAACCACCUGUGUCACACUGUAAAUGGGCUUCAGAAUAUUUCUGAUAAGAACUAGCUGUGGUUAAUAACUUCAUAGAUGAAUGUUAAAUAUAUUUUAGUCUACCAUUUGAAAGUCAUGAUGAAUUCAUCCUGAACUAGAUACACUGUCAGUGGUAAGAGCAAUAGUCACCAGCAACAAAAUACGAGAUGAGAACCAAGGUGUUCUGAACUUGCUUUAAAAAAUGCAUGCUAACACUGUUAGUAGUAGUGUAUUAACAGUACUUCUGAACACUAUCACUAACAUAAAUGGCUUUUGCUGUGCAUGGAUAGGCAGAACUGUAGCUGAUGUAAGUCAGGGUGGCUCUGCUGAUGCCAGUGGAGCUAUGUUGUCUUUAUGCCAGGUAAGAUCUGUCCCCUUUGUGUCUCAUAUCUUUAGUUAUCGGAUAUACACUUUUUAAGGUAAUGUUAAUGUCUUCUUUCUUCCUCCUACUUCUCCACCCCCCCGUUAAUGUUUGCUGGUUAGGUUUUGUUGUUUGUUUGCUUGUUUGUUUGUUUUUUAAUGAUAUAAAAAUCCUGUGGUUCAGAAGAAACUAAGAUAAAUAACUGAAUGCACUCUUUAGAAAAUUACUUGGGCUGUGUCAUAGAGAAACCUCUGGAAAUAUGGUUUCUUGCCUCAUGAAAUAUAGUAGUAGCACUCUUGUAAAGAAAUAAACCAGUUUUGUGUAAACUUUAAUUGAAUUGGCAUUGGCUGUUUUAAGUAGAUGUUUGCCAAAUUUCCACCCAGGAGUUAUAAUACUGAAAUCAAACUAAUAUUUUCUAGUAUAAUUUACCUUAAAAAUGUUUUCAUUUUUUUCUUUUACAUUUCAACAAACAC